UUUAUAGAUAAAGUGGAACUUUCAAUUUGUAUUGUUGUCAAAUGUUUUGUCCUACAAUUAGAUUCCAAUAAGAAUUCGCUUCCUUGUAGAAAUCAUGAUAUAUUCCCACAGUGUGAAAUGAAACUCUUUGGUGCUCAAAUAAUUUUAUUAUUGUGAUAAAAACUGAUAACACUGAAAUUAAAAUGUCAAUAACAUUGCAGUGACGUUUCGCAUUCGGAAAAAUCGUAUUUCGAAUCUACCUUACUUUAAUAAAAUGGAACAUUUAAGUUGUGAACCCGUGGUAAAAUAAUGAAAUAACACUAAUCAUUUGUUCAAGUAAUCAAGCAAAAAAUAAAAUAUCAAAAUGACAACGAAGGAGUUGUAUACGAAGGGUGCCCGGAUAUGGGUGGAGCAUCCAGAGAAGGUAUGGGAGAGUGCCACAGUGACUUCCGACUACCGGUCCGGUGUGCUCAUCGUGAAGAUAGACCAGUCCGGAGAGAUCAGACAGAUAAAGAUCAAAGAUGAGGGCAAGAUGCCCCUCUCCGGAAUCCUUCGCUCCUGAUCGGGCAGAAUGACCUGACGUCAUUGUCGUAUCUCCACGAGCCUGCUGUUCUUCAUAACCUUAGAGUUAGAUUCUGCGACCGCAACGCCAUCUACACAUACUGUGGGAUUGUUUUAGUCGCCAUCAAUCCUUACUAUGAUUUGCCUAUAUAUGGUGAUGAAACAAUAAUGGCUUACCGCGGUCAAUCCAUGGGUGAUCUAGACCCGCAUAUAUUCGCCGUGUCAGAGGAGGCAUACACCAAGUUAGAGCGAGAGAGAAGGGAUCAGAGUAUCAUUGUGAGCGGAGAAUCCGGCGCCGGCAAGACAGUAUCAGCUAAGUACGCGAUGCGUUACUUCGCGGCGGUCGGCGGCAACGCCAGCGAGACGCAGGUCGAGAGGAAGGUGCUAGCCUCCAGCCCUAUCAUGGAGGCCAUAGGAAACGCAAAACAACCCGUAACGACAACUCAUCUCGUUUCGGCAAAUUCAUAGAGAUACACUUCGACAACGUAUACCGGAUAUCCGGGGCUAGUAUGCGAACCUAUUUACUGGAGAAGUCCAGGGUGGUCUACCAGAGUGCUGGAGAGAGGAACUAUCAUAUCUUCUAUCAGUUAUGUUCUGCUGCUAGGCAUAUGCCUGAAUUACAACUUGAUCAUCAGGACUCGUUCCACUAUUUGAACCAAGGCGGCAGUCCAAAUAUAGACGGGGUUGAUGAUCUAAGGACUUUAAUGAGACGAGAAGCGCUCUCACCACAUUAGGAGUAACAGAAACCGAGCAGCAAGACAUGUUUAUAAUCCUAUCCACUAUCCUGCACCUGGGUAAUGUGGAGCUCAGUGCUUGUGACCGGACGCUCCCACGGCU